CGAUGAAGCACUGGCACGCGCAACGUUGGUGGCAGGUGCGCGUUAUGGUGAGCAGCCUGGCAACCUCGAGCGUCAGAGACAAAACUAAUGAACAAUGUGACCAUACACACAGUGAGUCAGGAUUUCAAGAGAAAUGAAACUCUUUUUUUCUUCUUCUUACACGAUAUGUUCCCUUUCUCUUCAGUCAGUGAAGUACCCACCUCAGUUCUGUAUUUUACGCUCUAGACUAGUUACCGCACACAAUUUGGUUAGCUGUAGAAUAGACACAAUGGCGAGUAAAAUGACAGCCUCUGUCUCAUUGGAACAGGACCUCUUCAAAUGUCCCAUCUGUCUAGACCUGCUGAAAGAUCCGGUGACUAUGCCGUGUGGACACAGUCACUGUAUGGGCUGUAUCCAGGGCUUAUGGGAGCAGGAGGACCAGAUGGGAGGUCAGAUCUGCCCCCAGUGCAAAGAAAGUCUUACACAACCUUGGCCCACUCUUAACCAAAAUACUAUUCUGGCUGAAAUGGUGGCGAAACUGAAGAAGACAGAACUCCAAGCUGCUCCUCUUACGGAAGAUGUGGUUGCAUGUGACUUCUGCACUAGAGGAGCGAACCAAGCUGUCAAGUCCUGCCUGGUGUGCCUGGCUUCUUACUGUGAGACUCACCUAAAGCCCCACUAUGAAAACCCUUCCUUUGGAAGGCACAAGCUGCUGGAUGCCACCCGACGAUUACAGGAACGGGUUUGCUCAACUCAUCACAAACUGCUGGAGGUUUACUGCAGAACCGACAAACUGUGUGUGUGUGCGAGUUGUGCACUGUACGAUCACAAAGGCCAUGUCACCGUCGCUGCAUCAGCUGAAAGAAUGGAGAAGCAGAAAGAGACAGAGGCCACAGGAGGAUCAUGUAGACAGAAAGUCAAGGAAAAGGAAGAGGAGGUGGAGCACCUGAGGGGAGCUUUGGUGUCGUUUAAGCGCUCUGCAAGGGAAGCUGUUCUGGACAGCACCAGGACGCUCUCAGAGCUGAAAGUAUAUCUGGAGCGGAGGGGCAACCAAGUGAAGGAGCUGAUCAGGGCUCAGGAAAAGGUGGAGGUGAACUGGGCGGAGGCCCAACUGCAGCGUCUGGAGCAGGAGAUUAUUGCGCUGAAGAAGAGAGACUCUGAGCUGAAGAAACUCACACUGACCCAAGAUGACGCAUACUUCCUUCAGCAUUACCAAGACCCCAGGAGCUCUCCUGUAUCUGAAGACCUGCCGAGUGUCAACAUUGACCCGCUGUGUGAUUUUGGGACAGUAAAGAGAGCUUAUACUCAUUUCAAGGAGCAGUUGGAAUGCUUCUGUGAUGGAGAAAUGAAGAGAAUAUUGAACACAGUAAAAGCCAUCCAUAUGCUUCAGUCACCAAAGCCCAGCCAAUUUUCAGCUCCAAAGACAAUUGGUCAAGCCAAUGGGAGCCCCCCAGCCUUCAAGCCCGCCCUGGUAAUGGGGGAACCUGCAGUAACCUGCGACUCUCCCCUUUCCCUCUGUACAAAGUCCUCUAUCUUGAAGUGCUCUUCUAUGAGCAAACCUCCAACUGGCUCAGCGAUCCUAUUCAUCGAAAAAGGGCCAUCAAAUGACACUAAGCCUGCUGCUAGAGUAGAGACCAUCCUCACCAAACCCUUGUCCACCACUGACAACCUUCUCUUGACCAAAUCGGCAUCUAAUAUGAACAUCAAUCCCCUGCUUAUUAAAUCCUCAUCCAACACUGAAGAGUUCACCAAACCUGCAUCUGGAGCUGGUAUAGCAGUCCUUAACAGCACACCUGCUCCUACAACAAGUAGCAGCAUUUUCAAUUGUCCUGUUGGUGUUUUUGGUAAGCCUGCAGUUGACGUAGAUGAUUUUUGUAAGGCAGCAUUAAACACUGACAGCGGUCCUUUCACCAAACUUGUAUCUGACAACAAUAGUAGGGAAAAGCCUAGCACAGGUUUCUCCUUUGGCGAGCCAAAAUGUAACGCAGGCUCAUCCCUCUUUGGCAAGCCUGAAUCUAACACAGGUUCACCCCUCUUUGGCAAGCCUGCAUCUAACACAGGUUCACCCCUCUUUGGCAAGCCUGCAUUUAACACAGGUUCACCCCUCUUUGGCAAGCCUGCAUCUAACACAGGUUCACCCCUCUUUGGCAAGCCUGCAUUUAACACAGGUUCACCCCUCUUUGGCAAGCCUGCAUUUAACACAGGUUCACCCCUCUUUGGCAAGCCUGCAUUUAACACAUGUUCACCCCUCUUUGGCAAGCCUGCAUUUAACACAUGUUCACCCCUCUUUGGCAAGCCUGAAGCUAACACAUUUUUAUUCCUCUUUGGCAAGCCUGCAUCUAACACAGGUUCACCCCUCUUUGGCAAGUCUGAAUCUAGCACAGGUUCACCCCUCUUUGGCAAGCCUGAAUCUAGCACAGGUUCACCCCUCUUUGGCAAGCCUGAAUCUAGCACAGGUUCACUCCUCUUUGGCAAGCCUGCAUCUAGCACAGGUUCACCCCUCUUUGGCAAGCCUGAAUCUAGCUCAGGUUCACCCCUCUUUGGCAAGCCUGAAUCUAGCACAGGUUCACCCCUCUUUGGCAAGCCUGAAUCUAGCACAGGUUCACCCCUCUUUGGCAAGCCUGAAUCUAGCACAGUUUCACCCCUCUUUGGCAAGCCUGAAUCUAGCACAGGUUCACCCCUCUUUGGCAAGCCUGAAUCUAGCACAGGUUCACCCCUCUUUGGCAAGCCUGCAUCUAGCACAGGUUCACCCCUCUUUGGCAAGCCUGCAUCUAGCACAGGUUCACCCCUCUUUGGCAAGCCUGCAUCUAGCACAGGUUCACCCCUCUUUGGCAAGCCUGCAUCUAGCACAGGUUCACCCCUCUUUGGCAAGCCUGCAUCUAGCACAGGUUCACCCCUCUUUGGCAAGCCUGAAUCUAGCACAGGUUCACCCCUCUUUGGCAAGCCUGAAUCUAGCACAGGUUCACCCCUCUUUGGCACGCCUGAAUCUAGCACAGGUUCACCCCUCUUUGGCACGCCUGAAUCUAAAACAGGAUCCUCCUAUGGCAAGCCUGCAGACCAGCCUGGGGUCGUGGAGAUUUCUAUUUUAGAAAACUAAACCAAGCAUUCUCCUAUCAAUGAAGAAAUGCUGUUAUCAGGGUUACACAUCAUGGGAUUACACUAGAAAUUGUAAAUAAAUAAUAAUACAAUGAGUUUGCCCAUGUUAAUAUACACGUGUGUACUUUGAUUUGUUAUGCACUACCAAUACUGUGAUGGAUUUGAUGUUCUCUGUACUGAAUUAAAUGGAUUUCUUCCACUGAUUUAAAAACUGUAAUAUGCCCAUGAUAAUUUAACAAUUUUCUGCCAGAAGAUGGCAUUCAAACAACAGUCUCACUCUUAUGCAGUCCCUAAAUUCUCAUGGUCUGUUUUAAAGAAUAUGUAUUCUGACUUCCAUGAGACAAUCUGGCUAAAUAAAAUAAAUACAAAUGUGACAGCUUGAUAUUA